GGGAAACAGACGAGGCCUAUCAGGCCCGCAUGUUAGCCUGGUGCACCGAAACUAAGAAGCGACCAGAUGACGCUGCAGCUGCUGCAAAGAGGAAGGCAGAGGAAGCCGAACAGGCACGACUGCUGGCAGAUGAGCAACGGUGUCAGCAGGCCGAAGCAGCAGCAAGGGCUGCCGAUGAAGAAAGACACCAACGUCGCGAGAAGAUCUUCACCGGAGAGCCGACAAUUCUCAAUAUGGCAGCAGCAUGGCGAACCGAGGCUGAGGAAGGCAAGUUGGAGGACAGCGCCAACAAGAUAGCGCUCCUCCUCUCGCACCUCACCGAUCUCCUGGCCACCUGCAUUACACAGCAGGAGGAGAUCCAUGGCCUCGACAACUCGGUAGCUGAUCUCCAAGACCGCCUUCAGCGUCUGGAGCAGCGACCGGUCGCCACCGCCGACCGCCUCAAUGCUUUGGAGAUGGACGUCGGUUCACUCAAGGAUGGCGUGCAAUCGCAGCAAACCGCGACGCAGCAGCGUGCAGUUGCAGCAGCGGAUCUGCACUACCGCCACCACCUCGAGUCCAGAGCCACGCAAGGGUCGACAGGGAAACUGAGCACCGCCGAGAGUGAUGCGACGACACUCUCGACGCCUUCGGAACUAGUUUCUUCGCGAGUGACCAGCCUUCAUUCUGAGGCGCACGCGAAAGUCGACAGUCCUCCGAUUCUACUUUCUUUCGAGGACUAUGCUGCCCGGCUCGUUCCAACGCUGGGUUUUCAAGCUCAAGGACAAGGAGUGUGUGCGGUUUCUUCUCCGUCCGGCAACAGCGGCAAUUCGUCUUCAAGUGGUGAUUCACGGGAUCCGGCGCGCGAGUUCAAURUAGAGGCAUUGGACCCGCUCACGUCUGAGGACUUUGCAUGGCUUCCUCUCCCGACCACAGUCUGUUUGCCAGGACCGCAAUGCGCAGCACUUAGCGCUCAUCUCCACACUUACCUUUCCUUCUAUGCACCACCAACUUCGCCGACAGAUGACGAAGUCGCAGUGGGGGACAUCUUGGCAUAUGUUACCAAGGUGGCCCGCGAGUUUCGCACGCAGCGGUACGAUAACAACAAUGCACCGCUCAUGUAUGUCCGCAUCCAGGUUGGGCAAGCGUCCUGCAGCGCUUCGUUGGAUAGCGGCGCGACUCGCAACUUCAUGAGCCAGUCUUUUAUGCAAAGGGCUGGUCUUGGCGCUCAGGUUCGGAGGAAGGCAAACCCGAUGGCGAUCAAGUUGGUGGAUGGUAAGACGCAGCAACUUCUUGACCAGUACAUCGAGGCCGUACCGGUCUACUUUGCACCUCAUGCAUGCAAACCGGUAACAUUCAAUAUUCUCGACACGGACUUCGACAUCAUUCUGGGAAUGCCUUGGCUUGCAAGUGCGGAUCACACGGUCAACUUCCAUCGGCGGACUCUUAGCGUUCGCGACGCCUUCGGCGCGGAAGUGGCGUGUACUAUUCCUCUACCGCACUCUUCGAUCCGGUGCCAAGUGGUGACGGCCAAAUCAUUCCGGGCAACUUGUGCUUACGAGCAGCCCGAGGAGAUCGGCCUAUGUUUCCUACGGACCGUCGCGGUAGCCGACUCUUCACCCACGGACUUGUCUUCGGACCYCCGUGUGGURCGGUUGCUGGACGAGUUCGCCGACAUCUUCGAGUCACCUACCGGUGUGGUGCCGGGUCGGCCGAUCUCUCAUGAGAUCAUUCUUGAGGCCGGUGYCGUGCCGCCGAAAGGUUGCAUCUAUCRGAUGAGCGAGGAGGAGCUUGAGGUACUCCGCGCACARCUCGAUGAUUUGUUGGCCAAGGGCUGGAUCCGCCCGAGUAGCUCCCCAUAUGGAGCACCAGUUCUCUUCGCCAGGAAGAAGAACAAGGACCUGAGAUUGUGCAUCGACUACCACAAGUUCAACGCGCAGACUGUCAAGAAUGCGGGGCCUCUUCCUCGCAUCGACGAUCUUCUUGAGAGUCUGGGCGGUGCCAAGUACUUCUCCAAGUUGGAUUUAAAAUCAGGUUAUCAUCAUAUCUCGAUUCGGCCGACCGAUCGCUACAAAACCUCGUUCAAGACGCGGUACAGACAUUUUGAGUGGGUGGUCAUGCCUUUUGGCCUCACCAACGCCCCGACGACCUUUCAGGCGGCUAUGACCAAUGAGUUCCAUGCGAUGUUGGACCGGUUCGUGCUGGUCUACUUAGACGAUAUUCUCGUCUACAGCCGGUCAUUGGAGGAUCAUCUGGGGCAUCUUCGACGAGUGUUGGAGACGCUCCGCCGUGCCAAGUACAAGGCCAACCGCGACAAGUGUGAGUUUGUCCGGCAGGAGCUGGAAUACUUGGGCCAUUUUGUCACACCGGAGGGCAUCAAUCCGCUAUCGAACAAGAUUCAGGCCGUCCAGGAGUGGCCGGAGCCUCGGAACGUCACGGAAGUUCGCUUGUUCCUUGGUCUUACCGGCUACUAUCAGCGCUUCAUCAAAGGCUACUCCAAGAUCGCAGCCCACUUGAACAAGCUUCAGUGUGAGGAUCGGCCGUUUGACUUUGGAGAGAAGGCGCGGGGAUCAUUCCUCGCUCUCAAAGCCGCGAUGUUGUCUGCGGAGGUCUUGCGAAUCUAUGACCCGCUCGCGCCUACGAGUGUCACUACGGAUGCGUCAGGCUAUGGUAUUGGUGCAGUCCUCGAGCAACAUGAUGGUGUGGACUGGCACCCGGUCGAGUACUUCAGCAAGAAAGUGCCCCUCGUGCAUUCCAUUGAUGAUGCACGUAAGAAGGAGCUCCUCGCCUUCGUCCACGCGCUCAAGCGGUGGCGACACUUCCUCCUUGGUCGAAGCCAGUUUCGCUGGCACCAUCGCUCGAUGGAUGGCUUUCAUCGACCAGUUGACUUCUUUCCCGAUCACAUUCCUGGGAAGUCUAACCGUUUUGCGGAUGCUCUUUCACGGCGUCGGGAUCAUUGUACCGCGGUCUACUCGACUUUCGAGAUUGACGAUGACCUGCGGAACAACUUCAUCCGCGGCUACCAAGCCGACCCCGAGUUCCGCAACAAGUACGCGAAUUGCUCCUCUCCUAAUCCGGCUCCUUCUCACUACUGGAUCCAAGAGGGGUACUUGCUUGUCCACACGCGGGGGAAGGACCUUCUUUGCGUACCGAGUGAUCUUCACUUACGUACACGGCUUCUUGGCGAGUUCCACGACGCUCCCGCUACCGGACAUUUUGGAGUCAAUCGCACGAUUGGCCGACUUCGCCAGCGAUUUUGGUGGCCCGGCCUUCUCGGCGACGUCACGCGCUAUUGCGAGUCAUGCGAGGUUUGBCGACGCUGCAAAUCCCGCAACCAUCGUCYGUACGGCGAGYUACGACCAUUGCCAGUCCCGUUGMGGCGAAGGGAAGCGAUUGCCAUGGACAUYACCGGCCCGUUCCCCAAGCACAAGACCGGAGUGGAUGGGAUUCUCACGGUGGUCGACCGACUCACCAAGUUCGCCAUGUUUUUGCCUUGUCGCUAUCAUGCCAAGGCACCGGAGUUGGCCGAGGUUUUGUACGCCGGUUGGAUUCGCACCAAGGGUUACCCCAAGGAGAUCGUCUGCGACCGCGACACUCGGUUCAUGUCCRAUUUUUGGUUGGCGCUCAUCAAGCRAUGGGGCUCAUCUCUCAAGCCCAGUUCAGCUCGCCACCCUCAGACCGAUGGCCAGACGGAGAGGGCGCAUCAGACCGCACAGGUUCUCCUUCGCACUCUCAUCCGCCCCGACCAGAAAGACUGGGUUGAGCGAUUGCCAGACGUUGAGUUGGCCUACAACUCUUCCAUCCACCCGGCUAUUGGGAUAUCGCCCUUCGAGUUCGAGCACGGCUCGCAGGUCACAUCACCGUUGGACACUAUCACUCACGCACGGCCGAGAGCGACGACCAUCUUCUCUUCUUGCGUCGGAUGCAAGAGCUUCUUGUCAAGGCACGCGACCAGAUGGCUAAGACACAGCAACGCAUGAGCCAGCAGACAAAUCGCCAACGUCUUCCUUGUCCAUUCCACGCCGGAGACCUUGUCUGGGUUUCAGCAGCGGAAUUCAGCCUUGAAAAGGACAUCUCUCGCAAGCUCCUUCCGAAAUGGAUGGGGCCCUGGCCGAUCAUUGAGCCCGCUGGGGACGCACCUGAGGGGCCUUCCUUCACGAUUCAGGUGCCUAGUCACUUGCCUCUCUACCCAGUCUUUCAUUGCUCCAAAUUGACUCUGUACACGUCUGCGGAACAUGAUGAUUUUCCCGGGAGACGUACGCAGGAUCCACCUU